AUGGUAUGGCUACAUGUCUCAGAAAAAUUUGAUGUCGGACGUCUAACAAAAGAAAUGGUACAGUCGGACAAUCUCACCAUAUGUGCUGACUUGAAAAGCAUCAGCAGUUUAGAUCAAGCUCAACGGAUACUUCAAGAAAAGCUGAAUGGGAACAGGAUUUUGAUAGUCCUUGAUGAUGUAUGGAAUGAAUUGAGCAGCCAAUGGGAGAACCUAUGCAAACCCCUGCGGUUUGCUGGUAAGGGAAGCAAAGUAAUAGUUACGACUCGAAGUAAAAGUGUUGCAAGUAUCAAUGAGGCAACAGAGAUAAUGCACUUACAUGGCUUAGAAGAUGAAGAUUACUGGGGUUUCUUUUCACAAUGCGCAUUCGGUGAUGCAAAUCCUUAUGAUUUUCCACAAUUGGAAAUUAUUGGUCGACAAGUGGUGAACAAGUUGGCAGGAUCACCUUUAGCAGCAAAGACAGUUGGGGAUUCAUUGAAACUGAAGCUAGAAGAAAGUCACUGGAGGGCUGUUUGCGGAAGCAAAUUGUGGCAGAUAGAGCAAAAAGAAGAUGGUAUUAUGUCAUCACUACGACUGAGUUAUGAGCAACUCCCUGACCAUUUGAAACAAUGCUUCGUUUACCUUGCAUUGUUUCCUAAGAAAUACCACGCACGAGGAGAUGAGGUAAUACAGAUGUGGAGAGCUCAUGCUUACCUUAACACAGAAAUACCAGAUGAAAUUGCAUAUCGUUAUAUCAAUGACCUGUUGCAGCUUUCAUUCAUUGAGAAGGUACCCAACCAAGAGGACCAUUAUGUAGUCCACGAUUUGCUGCAUGAUUUUGCAGAGUUGAUCUCCAAUGGAGAACACUUCAGAAUAGAAGAUGAGUUCCAUGUAUGUAUUCCAAGAAGAGCUCCUUUACGGUGA